UUGGCGUAAUUUCAACGGUUCUCCUGAUAAAUAACAUUUGGGUCAAUUAGUCAAGCUAUUUUGCCUAUUUGGACCUAUGUUCUAUCAGUUUCUAGGCCGAACAUACAUUGAUCUAAUUGCCUGCUUAUCGUCGACAGUAUAUGAUCAUGUAAGGCCAAGCUUUCUGAUGCGAACCGCUCUGGAGAUAUAUGAAUCUUUAUGCUAAAGUUUUCAAGGACAAUGGAGGCAAAGCUAUUUGAAGCGAUCUGCUCAGGAGAGGACUCAUUGGCUUUGUGCUUGAUAGAAGGCCUGGAAGAUGUCAACGUGUGUCAGAAAGGCAACGCAUCGAAGACAGCAUUGCGCAAGGCGAUCAAACAGGGCCGCCUCACAAUAGUGAAGAAACUCUUGGAACAUGGUGCUGAUGUAAAUCCUAAGGAUCGCAGCUACCCGGCAGUUAAUUUUCCUCUCUCUCUGGCAUGUGCACGAAGAAACGUUGAAAUGAUUAAGCUCCUGCUUGCGUACGGGGCUGAUCCUUUUUUACGGACAACUGGCGACCAUACGGGUCAGAUGUGUCCCUUCGAGGUGGCUCUGGCUGUGCGGAAUACUGAUUCGAUUCGGAUAUUAUUGGAGCAGAUUACGGCGCUGCACGAAAGGAACCGCGACUUAAUCAUAAAAGGAGCCAUUGCUGCACAGGAAAUUGAUAAAUUAAAAACAUACUUGACGAGUUCUUCUUUAGUUGAUGACUGUUCUGUGGAAUGUACGGCAAGUUAUUUACAGGAAGCUGUGACAUUAGGUAACUUGAGAAUGGUUCAAUUGCUGCUCGAUAGGGGCGCUAAUAUCGACAACCUUGUUCCAGGGUCCAUGAGGUUUGACCCAAUUGUGUCAAUGCACGUAGACGGACCAAUUGAGCAACCUUCAGGCUCUACACCCUUGAUGCAAGCCUGUAGACGCCGCCACGUGGCAAUUGUGGAGGAACUUCUUGUUCGGGGAGCUGACGUAAAUAUGACAAACUCCGCAGGCUGGACCGCCCUGCAGGUGACGGUCGCCGGAAUAAACCGCACUCCGGCAUGUGCCCAGGAACGGAACCUGCAAAUCGUCAGACUGCUCAUUCGAAAUGGCGCAUUCGUCAAUCCAGGAGACAAACUAAGACUUAAUGUUAACAAAAACCUAGUGCCCAAUAAGUUUUCCGUCGAAAGAAAUUUACCCGGCCCCCUUGAUAGAGUCUUAGCGACAAUUUGUCAGUUCAACCUGUACUCCAACCCGACACUUCUGCGGAUCGCCAGCAACUUGAUAAAGGCCGGUGCUCGACCUUUAAUACCCACGAUGCAACUACUCAUGGAGCUUCAUGCAAAUGAUCCAGAGGCAAAGAACCCAGAUGUGUGCGAAUUAGCCAGACUCAUGAUAAGGUCCUUGGAUCCUUUUGGGAGCGUAUUCUACAGUCAAACAGUGCUAUGGACUGGUGGUGCGACAAACAUGGCCGACUUAAUAAGAGACUCAUUGCGGCAAUCUUUGACACUACAUUCACUCUGCUCUUUAAAAUUACGCAAAGAAGUGCUGCCUCCUUUGAUGAGGAAUUUACAAUCAGACGAUAUCGCACUCCCUCCACUACUUAAAAAGAACAUUAUUGAGCUGAAAUAA